AUAUAAUAAUUUUGUUUAUUAUUUUUAUAUAAAUCAAAGAAACAUAUGAAAAGUCAAGAAGUCAAUACUUGUUUAAGAUUUGGGUAGAUGAGAUUAUCCGAAGAAAAAGUUAACUUGCCACAGAAGAAACAAUACAUAAAGAAGAAAAAUCAAAUCUAGAGUUCUUUGCACUGAAAUCUUCACAACAACCAGAACCUAAAAUAAACCCUCCAAAGUUAGAUGGUCAGACAAAAGACCAAACACUAAUAUAUAGGCAACACUCUCUACACAUUAUAACACAACACAAAUUUAAUUUACCACCUUAAUCUCCAAAAAAAUGGCGGUUGCAAAGCUCGUGUUAGCUGCUACGAGCGGUAAGAGCAGCAAAAUACUCUUAGGGCUAAGAGUACUUGCCUUCUUGGCUACGUUAUCAGCAGCAAUUGUAAUGGGAUUGAACAAAGAGACGAAGACUUUUGUUGUGGGCAACGUUGGAAAUACUCCGAUCAAAGCUACCUUCACUGCUAAGUUCCAACACACUCCAGCUUUUGUAUAUUUUGUAGUGGCUAAUGCAAUGGUUAGCUUCCACAACUUGCUGAUGAUUGCUCUUCAGCUAUUUGGAGGAAAGACGGAACUCACUGGUUUUCGUCUCCUCUCCAUCGCUAUUCUCGACAUGCUGAAUGUGACUCUGCUAUCGGCGGCAGCAAACGCGGCGGGGUUCAUGGCGGAGGUGGGGAAGAACGGGAACAAACACGCCAGAUGGGACAAAAUCUGUGACAGAUUCGCCACUUACUGCGAUCACGGCGCCGGAGCACUAAUCGCAGCCUUCGCCGGCGUGGUACUUAUGCUCAUUAUAUCCGCCGUUUCCAUCUCUCGUCUCGUUCAGCCUAAUAAAUGCUCCAUCUCCACCACCGCAUGAGCAUCUCCCUCCGUCGUCCCUUGAAAACAUCGCCUCUUCAAAAUCACACACACACACACGUGUGUCUUCCCCCUGUUUCUUACUUGUUUGCUUUCUUGAGUUAUUUGUGUAAGCAUCUAUGCAUUUGCCUUGUCUAUUACUCUGUUAGUAAACUUUCUCUUUUUGGUUGUUAAAUGUGAUGGACCCGACUAUAUUCUGAUUUGAUUUAUCCACUGUAUUCAUCAUCAUCCAUAUACUACAUGGUUCUUCACCUGUUUGUA